CCGGUUGGAUUCGAUUGGAUCAAAGCGCCAGGAAGAGAGAGAUUAUAUCUGCAAAUGCCUCCUCGUUCUUCUUCUUCUUCUUCUCUUCGUCUUCUUCAUUUUUUCUCUGUUUUCUUCUCUCUCUCAUCUUUCUUACCCUAACCCGUAAUUUUAUUUUUUUUAUUUUUUUCCUUCAAGACCAAGAAAGUCCGCGCCUUUUACGGUUUUGCCCUCAGCUUUCUUCCCCAUUUUUUCAUUUCUGUCCUCCACAACUUUCUAACCCCAAAACUCAUCCUCUUUAACGAAGACUUUUUGAGCCGGUCAAACAAAGCUAUCGUACUCAGAUUUCUUCUUGAUCGUUUCUUUUUUUUUUUUUUUUUUUUAAUCUUUUUGGGGCUUAGGGUUUUGAUUAUUGAGCUAAGAGUUUUGGUUUUGUGAUCGUUCAUUUUUUAUCUUUCUUCUGUUAUGGAGCCUCGAGUUGGGGGCAAAUUUCGACUUGGCAGGAAGAUCGGUAGCGGAUCGUUUGGAGAGAUCUAUCUCGGUACUAAUACUCAGACGAACGAGGAGGUUGCGAUUAAGCUUGAAAAUGUCAAGACAAAGCAUCCCCAAUUGCUCUAUGAAUCAAAAUUGUAUAAAAUAUUGCAGGGAGGAACUGGAAUCCCAAAUGUUAGAUGGUUUGGCACUGAAGGAGAUUACAAUGUUCUUGUGAUGGAUUUGCUGGGACCAAGUCUUGAGGACUUAUUCAAUUUCUGCAGUAGGAAAUUAUCUCUGAAGACUGUUCUCAUGCUUGCAGAUCAGAUGAUUAAUCGAGUGGAGUUCGUCCAUUCCAAAUCAUUCUUACAUCGGGAUAUUAAGCCAGACAAUUUCCUCAUGGGUUUAGGACGGCGUGCAAAUCAGGUUUACAUCAUUGACUUUGGUCUUGCUAAGAAAUAUAGGGAUGCUUCAACUCAUCAACAUAUUCCUUACAGAGAAAAUAAGAAUUUGACUGGAACUGCUAGAUAUGCUAGUAUGAAUACUCACCUUGGAAUUGAGCAAAGCCGCAGGGACGACUUAGAAUCACUUGGCUAUGUUCUUAUGUAUUUCUUGAGAGGAAGUCUGCCUUGGCAGGGGCUGAAAGCAGGAACUAAGAAGCAAAAGUAUGAUAAGAUCAGUGAAAAGAAAGUAUCAACUUCUAUUGAGGCUUUGUGCCGUGGGUAUCCUACGGAGUUUGCUUCUUACUUUCAUUACUGCCGGUCUCUACGGUUUGAUGAUAAACCAGAUUAUGCUUAUCUAAAGAGACUCUUUCGUGAUCUUUUUAUUCGUGAAGGUUUUCAGUUUGAUUACGUGUUUGAUUGGACUAUCUUAAAAUAUCAGCAAUCCCAAAUUGCUACUCCUCCUGGUCGUGGUCUUGGUCCUAGUGCUGGACCAAGCUCUGGCAUGCCUCCGGCUGUUGCAAAUGCUGAUAGACAAACUGGUGGAGAAGAAGGUAGACCCACGGGUUGGUCUCCUGCAGAUCCCUCUCGUAGAAGAAACUCUGGACCAAUUGUAAAUGCUGGAGUCUUGUCUAAACAGAAAAGUCCAGUUGCAAAUGAAGCAUCCGUAUCUAAAGAUGUUCUGUUAUCUAGCUCGAAUUUCUCACGGCCAAGUGGAUCAGCAAGGCGGCCAGCAGUCUCUAGCAGUCGUGAUGCAGUGAUUGUUGGCAGUGAAUCUGAUAUGUCUCGCCCGCAGACAACAGAUGCAAGCUCUGGAACAUUCCGUAAAAUCACUGGUGGACAAAGAAGUUCACCUAUUGUGUCUUCAGAGCACAAUCGUACAACUACCGGUAGAAAUAUUCCAAAUGCGAAGAACUUAGAGUCCACUCUCAGGGGUAUUGAGAGCCUGCAUUUUAACAAUGAUGAGAGGGUACAGUAUUAGAAGCGGCGAGCCUCUAUCUCUCACUCACUGUAAAUUUAAAAAAAUGAUAUACAUUUUUCACGAUCAUGGGAUUUGUUUCAUCUGUGUAUUAUGUUUGAAGAAGCUACUACACUUUGGUGGGUUGUCUCUAAGAAGUACCCAAUAAAGAAAGAGAUCCUGAAGCAGUGAUGGAUUCACUAAAAAAACCACCGAGUUAUUAGAAGGCUUUUUUGUCAAUACAGUUUACGGUUUGUAUAACCGGGGUUUUCACUUUCUUUCUUUUAGCUUGUGUUCUUUCAACUUCUAUUUUAAAGAUGUAUUGUCUUUGCGUUCAUCAAAUAUCAUAAGCUAUUUUUGUGGGUUAAACACAAAAUAGGACGCCGUGAAAUUGUAAUUAGAUCAAAGUGUGUUCAUUUUCAUGACUCGUAUUCAUUCAGAAGCUGUAGUAAAUCAUUUGUUAUUACUUGUUGAAGGGCCAACUUGUGAAGUUUACAAGCUGGUUUUGGUAAGUACAUAUUCUGUUCUAGAAA